AUAAUUUAUCCUUUACAUAUUAGUUAUAUUUAACAUAAGAUAUUUCAUGUACCACUGAUAUAUGAAGCAUACGAUUGUAAAAAAAUAAUUGAAAAAAAAAUAAACUCAUAAAAUCAUAAGAAAAAUGUUGUGUCUCUAAUACAUGUUGCAAAGUUAAGUUACUAUUCAUGUGGGAUUAUUUUAUUAAUCCUAUCUUAGUGACAUUGCAUGUCUGGUUUCUUAUUAAUGUAGAUAAGAAACUACAUUUUCAGGAAGUAUAGUUUAAAGAGAAUCUAAAGAAAUUUACCUAUGUACAUAUGUAGAUAAACCCUCAAAGUGCUGGAAAUUAUUUAAAUGAUUUAGAACAUUUUCCCUAAUUUAGAUAUUUUUAAUUUGUAUUAUUCCAGAAAAGAGGGCGCUUUUAUUGAUUCGUUAGAUUCAGGGUCACGUAGGUGGCGCAUAGGCUGAAGACGACCAGCGUAAUCUCCGGGCAUUUUUUUACUUAAAUUUCGAAACAUUUAACUAACGCGGUAGAUAAAUGAGAAAUAUUUUCGUUGUCAUGUUUCAAGCAAAACAUUCUGUACUUCUAUUGUAAAUGAUCACGUAACUUCGUUCCCGCCUAAUAUGGAACAUACAUUAGCAUGCGCAAUUGCGCACGCAUAUCGAUUCAACCAAUAGUCUUGUACGUUCUACAGAAAACAGUGUCGUACUUAAAACCCAAGUAAUAGUUAUUUAUUCAAUGAUAUUAAACUGUCUAAAGGGAUGAAUGAUCAUUUCGUUGGAAAGCGUUGAAGAUACGAAUUUUAAUUUUCCAACACUCAUUCCACUGCUUUAUUUAUCAGAAACGAUAUUCUUAUGUUUUAAUAAAAUCUAAACUACGAGUAACAGCUCUUCUUCUUCUGUUACAAGAAUCAUUCCGUAUAAUUUAUUGAAUUACGAAAGAAGAGGUUCCAGGGCGUUAUUAUUAACAGAGCUUGAAUACUAGGACUAGAGUCGAUUUGAUACUAGGAUAGAGGAUGAAAGAACCAUAUGUGUGUGUACCUGAUGAGAACGAGGUGCAGGGGACCCUAGGUACAUGAAUGCGAGCUGCGUGUUUGGCAGCUGACUGGCGUGAGCAGAGGGGUUUGUAUUUGGGAAAGGUUGCAGUUGUUCGCCAUUGCUAGGGAGUUAACUUCGGUACUAGGCUAGGCGAGGAUCUCGGUGAGGUCGCCGAGUGCCCCCCACCCCCCCUUACGUCGUGGAAAAAACUAUUUAGUGAUUUCGUGUUACGAUUUUGGGUAUUUUGAGAUCCGGGCGAUUUCGAAUCGGCCCCUCGUUUAAAUAAUGGACAAGAUGCAGCCUUCGACUUCGACCACGUCCGACGAGACGACGGUGUUGCACGCGAACCUGGUAACACCGACGGGCCAGCGUCUCACACCGACAGGGAAAAUCAGCCAUGCUAAGACGCGUGUCUACACGCAGCGAUAUCGCAAAGAAUGGGAACAAAUGCCCGAUUUUAAAGGAUGGUUGACCUCUGUGCCUUUUCAAGCGACACGUGCUUAUUGCCUGUAUUGCAAGAAGAACCUGCACGCGCAUCGUCUAUCUUUAUUAAAACACACGUGUACGAUGAAACACCAACGUGCGGCUCUGUUGCACGAAGCCGAAGAGAAAAAGAAACUUGCCGCGAGAAAAUGGAAAUCGGAGGAUGUUGAAAUCGAACAUGUCGAAGAGGUCGAGACCGUCGAGCAUUCUCAGGUGGAAAUAGAAGGUACAGAUGAUGAUGUGGAGUACAUCGUCGAGAGAUUAGAAACAGAUGAUGAAUUAGAUGAAAGCCAGAUCAAAGACCCAAUAGCAGAUCCUGCUAUGGAAAUCGAAGAUGAUGAGGACGAAGAAGAGGAAGAAGCUGAGGGUAUGAGAUUGGGGCUGGCUUCGGACGAUGAAGGGUCUAAGAGUCUCACAAAGAAUAUCAAGAUAGAGAGAAUAGAAAAUUGUGAGGACUCUUUGACAGAUUCGUAUCACAUGCAAGGCGAAUAUCUAGACGAGACAGAUACCCCGGGUGGUGUUCAGAUGGAAAUGGUCGUCGAAUCGGAAGAUCACAGUAACUGCGAAACUGUAAUUCUUUCUGAUGUGGAAGAGCCUGUUAAAGAUACGUCGAAGGAUAAGCACGAAAAUGAAAAAUCGAUUCGGCGUGUCGGCGCUAAAUCCGAUAAGAAACAGUCAUCGCAGAAUGGGAAAGAGGGAGCAUCGGAAGUAGUGAUGGCCUGUCCAAUCUUAAGCACGGCAUAUCAAAUUAACACUUCUGCGCCGCCUACUUCUACGAUCGGUGUGCUUCAGCCCGUAAAUGCGAUACCAAUUGGAUCGGCGCAAAAUAAGACUAUUACUUUAACAUCGGGCGGGAAAACCCUGACAUUAACAGGUGGUACAUUCCAGCCUGGUACUCACUACGUGCUGAGUAAAGUAAAGGGAAGUCAAUUUCCUACGUUGGUAAUGGCUGAUAAGAAACCUGCAAUUCCAGCUGAUCAACCGGAAGGCGCCACGAAAGGCGCUCAGGUAAACAAGGAUCAGCUGGCUGUUGCGAGCACUAGUUAUCAAGCACCGAAAAAGCACGUACUCGUAAAGACUGUCAAAAAUCCAAUAGCGAAAAGACCUCGAAUUUCUACUCACGUCGUGGACACGAGCAAAGGCUUACCAAUCGGAGGGUUGCAAGUCAGUCUCUACAAAUUGUUAGACGGAAGAUGGACUUUCCUGAACGAGAGCAAUACGAAUCCUAACGGUCGGUGCGUAGACUUGGCAGAUAAUAUGAAAGGCAACUUUACAGCUGGUCGAUACAAGAUACACUUUGAUGUUGACAAAUAUUUCACAUUAAGGAGGAUAGAAACGAUGUAUCCGUUUAUCGAAAUCGUGUUUGACGUAAAGAACCCCAUGGGCCAUUAUCACAUACCUGUGCUUCUCAGCCCGUUCGGUUAUACUACAUAUCGUGGUUCCGAAAGAUGAACGUUCAUCAAACUAUUAUUAAUUAUACUUAUUACUCUUGUCUUGUUUGUUCUGUACAUAUACGUCAAGUAAAAUAAAGAUUUUCUACGAUUCUCUAAUUAACGAUCCUUAAUUAGAUAUUACAAUCAACGAAGCACUGUUAGUAUUUUUGAAUCUGAUGUAUAUAUAGGGCUGUUGAAUUGUAUUAUGAGCAUUUGUGAAAAAAUAUAUUUUACUUUAUAGAAA